AUGCUCGCGCGAAAUAACGGCCUUGGGGAUUCUGUGCUGCUGGCCCAGGACGAAACGUCCGAUUUUUUAAACGACGCGAGAACAUGGUUUCAGCUCGGCACUGAAAGAGACGAAAAGGUGUCUAAGCGGAAAAAGGAGAGAGAAGUCGCUGCAUCUAAAGAGGCGGCCGCGGCUGCCCCGGUACAACAAGCGAACGGACAUUCACCAUUAGGACUGAGGCGCGCAAGCAACGCCGCCGCGGCGGGUACGAUGUACCCGACACCGCCGGACGGAGUUCAGAAUCCUCUGGGUAUAACACCCUCCAUGGACGGGACGACGUCAAGCCCGGGUGCCCCUGGGACUACGAUGGCAGUGAUUGACAUAGAUACGACUAUGGCUGACACAGGCACUCAUGACACAUCUGCGAUGAAUACCAAUCAGCACAAUGAAGCAUACGGUGACGGAUGGCAAUCGAACGAUAGUAAAAGAGACCGGGCCGACUCUUUUCUGGCUGGCGACAACGACAACCUUUUCGGUGACAUGGGACCAGAUAUGUUUGGGGACACCGACAUUACGGACGCUGAUUUCAGCUUCUUUGACGAAGAGGGCGGCGAUGACCUGGAUCUGUCGGGCUUGCCUGAUUUGAGUAUGCCCGAUGCACCCUCUGCGCCGUCUGCCGUCCCGGUUCCUGUGCCCGAGCCCACAAAAAUGAUGCUUCCCGCAGUAGAGGAAGUCAAGCCAGUACCAAGUCCCCCGAUUUUCGCAAAACCAGAAUUGAAGCAUGCGCGAAGCACGCUGUUGGAUGAAGGGAAGCAAAAAUUCAACGCAGAAAAGGCAGCUGGUGUCAAACGUGAAUCAAGCCCGUUCGAUCCAGACACUGUUUACAAAAGAGUUCGGGCUUCUCUGGCAGACAUCCGCUCCACCCCACAGAGAACACCAACGCGGAAGGGCAGCAUCUUCGACAGCGUCGACUUCGACCCAGUUCUACCUCUUGUGAAUAAGAAGUAUGAGCAAGGUGGUCGUUUUGACUGUCCCCCAAUCUUUCAAGGGCAGUCGCAAGACGCAAAUAAACAGUCCGUUUCUCAGGGGCCACCAACAACUGACUACCUGCGACGACAUGGAAAACAACGAAAAGCACUGCGACAGCCAGAACAUACAAAUGCGUUGAUUCGCACAAUUACGGGCAACCUCGAGAACAGCUCACUCAUUGCAAGCCCUGGAAAGGGAGACGACCUGGCAUCUGAUGCAGACGACAUCAGCCUGGUGUCAGAUCAGGACGAUUCGAGUGUGUCAGAGGAUGAGCCAACAUCGCCCUUCAAGUCUAGCAUCCGAAGGCUCAACCUGGACGACGAUGUUGCAUCCCAUGUCACCUCUCUAAGAGAUAUCGAGUCUGUGGAGGACUCUGACCCAGCGUUGGCUUUGGAUCUCCCGAAACUAGCCAAAGCUGAAGCGUCGGAAAUACUGCUACCCAAGUACUUCGAGGACGCAGAGUCGCUCCCUAUCUAUCUUUCGCUCCCGGAUGAGGACACGAUUACGAUUGCACAGAUUGUGACCGAGCAGGCUGUGACGGGUAAUUUGAGGAUACGCGAUGCGCUUGCGAAUACUUUGAAUACUGCUAUUGUAUCAGAUACGCGUCGCCAGCUGUCCUCCCUUGGCCGGACUGCUCUGCAGGCAUUGCGUGAAGUCAUUCCCUCUUGCCUCGGAGAGUUCAACACGUGCAACUUUAAGGGCCUCGUUGAAGUCCCCGACGUUCCCCUGAUCGGACCGCCCAGCAGACUUCAUCCAAGGCCGGUCAACCCACGAGACAAUGCAGAGCCGCCGAAGCCGAACAAUCUCUUCCAGAUCCCAGCUCCUCAUAUGGAGCUUCGCCGUGCGGAAGCCAGACUGUCGGUUCUGCCCGCAAGCGUUCAUUUUUGGGAAAGUCUGGGGCUUGGUCCUGCUCAGGGGACGAAGGACGUCAACGUCGUGUGUGUGUUCCCCCACUGGGAUGGGAUGUCAGAUAUUGCCGCUGCCUUUUUGGAUCGCAUGCGAAACGUUUACGAGCUUCUGAAACUAGGCUCCUUUGAACGUCUCCCGUCCAGUUCCAAAGUCACUGAUGGUCUGGUGCCUUUCGAAGCAGACAAGAUCGCAACUUCGCCAGGGACGGUUAGCCCGCACAUUGUUGCGGGCUUGGGCGAUCGCAUGGAGGCACUUAACCAAGGGCUCAUUUCGGCCAACGCUACAGAGAAGAAUUUUGUGAUAUACUUUGUAUAUCCCCCAGACCAUCCUGGGUCCAUCGUCGAGGCUUGCACCGCUUUCCAGCAACUUUUCGAGAUGCACAGGAGGUCUCUGACGGAUAGACGACAAACUCCGGCCAACGAGUUAGUCUUACAGCUAGUGCCGUUGGACUUCUUGACUUCCUCGACAGGCAUAGUGGAGCCAACACCAAGUGACGCAAUCAAGUUGGCGAUUGAGACAUACGACCGUUGCACGCUAUUUGGAGGGCCGAUGCCAUCGCCUGCCAUCAUGCUGGAGCAGUCGUUGCCACGAGGCAUCGACUUCAAACUUUCCAACACAUCAUCGUCCUCGCUCAUGCAUGAGAACACUUGCAUUCAUAUCGCCUACGCACAAAGCAUCGACGAGAGAUGGAUUACCGCUGCAUGGACGGAUAACAGGGGAUGCCAGCAGAUGACAGCGUCUUACAACCUUGGUCGCAAAGGCAAGCCCCUUUCGACGUCGCUCAACGAUGUCUGUCAUGAGAUAUGGGAAACUACCCAUGACUUGAUCUCCAAAUGGAAAGUCCAUUGGCGUGUGGUCAUCUCCAAGUGCGGGUUCAUGGAUGCGCAAGAGAUUGGAUUCUGGCAGGGGCUCGCUCAGACGGAGUCGGUAGCAACAGUGAGCUUGACCUUGAUAUCGGUCGACACCAAUCCAUCGAUGCAGUUAGUUCCGCCUGCUAUCAAGGUCCCGGCAUCUGCAUCCUCGGCCUUCUACACCACGCCUGUUUCUACCCCACAGGCGUCCAUAGUGUCUCCAGAGCAAAGUGGCACCCCGGCAACGCCCAUGAAAGAGAACAACCCAGCAAACGCCGCCACGCCGGGCGGCACUCCUGGUGAUGCCAACCCUGAGCCAGCCGAAGGAGACGCCAUCCUCCUCGACGUUACAGACCAAACAUGGGGCGCCGUGCUCGCGCACCGGCUGAGCAACUCAUCCACGCUGGGCGAGCUGAACCCGGCCCUCAUCAGCGGCUACCUCGUCAAGCGCGGCGGGACAAAGCUCGAGGACCCGCCGGUCGUCAUGGAGGUCAACAUUGUGCACGCGGACAAUAACCCGCGCAUGUACGAGCCCCUGAUGCGCGAGAUGCUCACCUACUUCAGGGGUCUCGGUACUCUGGCCCGUGCGAGGGGCGUUAUAGAUAGGGGAACGGAUGUGCGGCCUUGGCACAUUGCGGCAGCGGAGAAGGGCGUCCGGGCAUUAUAUCUUUUGAUGUGA